CUAAUCUUAUGUCUAGCUAGUAAAAAAGAUGACACCUUAAACUAAAAAAGGACUCUCUUCUCCUUCUCUCCCUCUGAUCUUUUGCUGAGAGAAAUCACAAGAGUUGCGGUUUUUCUUCUUCUUUUUCUUGAUAGCAGCAAUUCCCCAAUGCAUGUUAUCCCCUUUUCUUUCUCUUUCUGAAAUCCCUUACGUUUUUUUUCAGCCUUAAUCUCUUUAUUUUCGUCAUUGAUUCUCAAAUUUCUUCUACAUAUUCAAACACCCUUUUCUCUUUUUCACCAGAUCCAUCACUCACCUUUUCAAUAUUCUGUAAAAAAUCCAAAAUUUAGCUUACCCAAAUGGGUUCUUGAAACAUUUUUGUGAAGCUUCUGUUUUUUUUUUUUGGGUUGAGGGGUUUUAAUGACGAUGAAAGUGACCCAGAAAGAAAAAGAUUCAGAAAAAAUCAUCUGGGAUCAGAUGAGAAGUGCUUCUGGGUCACCAUUUUCAAUUGCCGGUUCACUAAAUCGAGCUUUGCCGAAGCUCAUGGUAUGGUUUAUCCUUUUUGUUUUCGCCACUUAUGUUGUUUACACGCUGAAGCUCGUUUCCACUAAAUCCUGCAACGACGUCGUUUUCGCUCAUAAUAGUUUGUUUAUUCACUCAUCGGAAAUCAAUUCCACUAAAUCGAUCCGGCCGGUGAUAGUUAACGAAGAACUGGAAGAGAGAACCGGGUUGGAGCAUAUAGUUUUCGGCAUUGCUGCUUCUGCAAAGCUAUGGGAGAAACGGAAGGAAUAUAUAAAGCUAUGGUGGAAACCGGAGGAAGAAAUGAGAGGGAUUGUUUGGUUAGAUAAACCGGUGAAAACGUCUAAAGGUGACGGGGAAUCUCUGCCGGAGCUGAGAAUCUCCGGUGACACUUCCCGGUUUGCUUACAGAAACCGGCAGGGUCAUCGGUCUGCGAUACGGAUAUCGAGGAUUGUAUCGGAGACAAUAAGGUUGGGGAUGGAGAAUGUGAGGUGGUUUGUAAUGGGCGAUGAUGAUACAGUGUUUGUUACUGAUAAUUUAGUGAGGAUUUUGAACAAAUAUGAUCAUAAUCAGUAUUAUUAUAUUGGGAGUUUAAGUGAAAGCCAUUUGCAGAAUAUUUAUUUUUCUUAUAGUAUGGCGUAUGGGGGUGGUGGAUUUGCUAUUAGUUAUCCUUUAGCCAAGGCACUUGAGAAAAUGCAAGAUAAAUGUAUUCAAAGGUACCCUGGUCUUUAUGGUUCUGAUGAUAGAAUGCAGGCUUGUAUGGCUGAACUUGGUGUUCCAUUAACCAAAGAACUUGGUUUUCACCAGUACGAUGUGUACGGAAACUUAUUUGGUCUGCUAGCAUCACAUCCAAUAUCGCCAUUGGUAACAUUGCACCAUCUUGAUGUGGUGGAGCCAAUCUUUCCCAAUGUGACUCGAGUGCAAGCUUUACGGCGUCUUACAGUUCCACUGAAGCUUGACUCGGCUGGGCUUAUGCAACAAUCGAUUUGCUAUGACAAAGCUAACAGUUGGACCAUAUCAGUGUCAUGGGGAUUUGCAGUUCAAAUAUUCCGUGGAGUGUUGUCCCCCCGUGAAAUAGAAAUGCCAUCAAGAACUUUCCUAAAUUGGUAUAAAAGAGCAGAUUACACUGCAUAUGCUUUUAACACGAGGCCUGUUGCAAGGAAUCCAUGUCAAAAACCUUUUGUGUUUUAUUUAUCAAGUGCCAAGAUGGAUCCUUCCAGCAACCAAACAGUGAGCCAGUAUACUCGUCAUCGAGUUCCUCAUCCAGCAUGCAAGUGGAAGACGUCAGACCCUGCUGAUGUUGAUCACGUUCAGGUUUAUAAGAAGCCUGACCCACAUCUGUGGGAUCGGUCUCCAAGGCGGAAUUGUUGCAGAGUCUUAAGAUCAAAUGGAAAAAGCAUGGUGGUGGAUGUAGGUGCAUGUAAGGAAGGUGAGCUCAGUGAAGUAUGAUGAUGAAUAACUCGAGCCUUUCUUCUCCUUCCGUCUUCUCUCCUUGUAUCAGCCCCUCAAUUGAUUCCCGAAUGUAUUUCUUCAUUUGUUGAACUUAUGAAAAAUUUUGUUGGAUCCAUCCAAGUUUCUUUCACUUAUGGCCACUAUAUUUAGGGAAAACGACCAAGUUAAUGUAAAAUAUCCUAUGUAUACACUAGAUAUCCUUGUCCGAUGAUUAAUGUAGCAUAGUUUUUUCAGAACUUUGAUCUUUCUUGGUUCCAAAAGUCUUCUGAGUUCAAUUUUCUGCAAUUUAACUUGGAGGUCUUAUUCUUCUUCCUUCCUAGUGGUUCCCUCUUUCCUUUUUUUGUUAAGUUUGAUUUGCAUCUUCGGCGUGGAAGACGACAAAUUCUCUUGAAGAUUCAAAGGUAUUUUAUAUUCAUGAUCUGUUUAAAUUCUUCAAGAAAUGCUUAGGGAACAAGGUACUUUUUUUAGCAUAAAGCAUGCCUAAGACAAUGCUAAAAAUAGAAGGCUCUCUUGUGUUGUACUGACGAUAUAAAGUAAGGCAAGAUGAUGCUAAUGUCUAUGUUGAAAUGGAGACUCUAUUUGAUUAGGAAACACUUGCAAUUUGGAAAAGAUUAAAUUAUUCUACAAGGAGCUUCCAUGUACUAGUGCUACCUCCAUAGUCUUCAUUAAUAUUUUCCAUAUAAGAGAUCUUCAAUGUACAAAAGGUGAACUAGAAGCUAGUAUACUAUAAUAUCAAUUUUAUUUUAUGAUUAAA